GCGGCCGAGUGACGUUCUGUGCGUUUUAACGCUGUAGUGUCUGAAACAAAUUUAUACGUACCCUAUACAAUACGGAUCUAGAAAGGUUCCUCUAAAUAUAGGAUCAUACCUGAUAAUGCCUCUAUUCAACUGAAAAUGCACAUUCAGCUUUCUGAAGUCUUGAGACCCAGCAAUGUUGAAGAAGCUUGACUUUCCACAGGAUGAAGAUGGGUCAGCUCCAGCCCUGGAUGAAACCCCUAGGAUAAGGACCUUGGAGCCAGGCAUGCUGGAAAAGGUAGUGAAGAACCUGGUACCUGCCCACCAGAAGGGAGAUCCCUUCUAUGUCCCUGCUUUCCUGUACACUUACAGAAACUUCACAACAACAGGGCAAGUGCUGGACCUGCUGUUUAAAAGAUAUGGAUUUUUCCACCCAAACUGUGAAGAGGAUGAACAAGUAAAGAACACCAUUUGUUCUUUCUUUGCCAUGUGGCUGGACAAGUACCCUGAGGAUUUCUGCCAGUCCAAGAACCUGGCCAACCUCAAUCAGCUGAUGGCCUAUGUGCUGCUCCACAUGCCCUGCUCAGACCUGGCAAGCCAUGUACAACAUCUUCAAACCCAGCUGAUGGAAUCAGAGGCCAAUGAAGCAGGGACAAAGUGUGAGGAAUUCUUGGGCCAGGAGGGAAACUGUGCUCCUCUGAGAUGAGAUCUAUGACCUGAUGAUUGGCCAGGCACUGAAGAUGUCCUGAUUUUUAGACAGCAAUGGGAAUUCUACAACAGGCAGUUAACUAUGUGUAUGGCAUCUAUUAGAUACAAGCACUCAUUCUAAAGACCUUAGCUCCUCAUGCAAGUUGAAUCCCACUUCACUUUCCAGUACUCACUCCCUUAGUUGUAUAUCUGUUUCCAUUCUUAGAUUUGGGGCUGCACACUGCAGCUGCUCCUGAGCUCAAGGCAAUGGACCCACCAGUGACAUCAGCACCUCUGGUACUAGAAUCAACACUGCCUGCUCUAGCUAGAGGCCUGGGGCCUCCACAGCACACUGGGCCAUAUGUGAAGGUAGAGCACUUUGUGUCAGCAGUAGAACAAUCAGAACUUCUUGUAUGUCCUGUGGACCUCUAGCCUGUUGUGGCCACUGCACUGGACAUCCACUAACCUUCAGAUAUCGAGGUAGCACUUCUUUCAUUGCCUGCAGAUAUCCACAUGGAUCUGCCCACCAUCUCAAUUCAACCUACCUCACCUGGUAGAGGAGAAGUUAGCUUAGGCUAGUCUGCUCAAACUGUUUCGAGUCCAUAUCAGGCACAGCCUUUACUUCUGGAAGAGUCACUAGCACCAUCUGGGAGCUGAAACCAUCCCCAAUCCAAGUCAGGAAGAAUGUCUUUUUGAUGUAGAGGUAGAGCAACUUGUGGACCCAUUCAUUAUGAUUACGUCCUGAAGUUUACCUAACAGAAGCUCUAGGACUACAGCCAUCAUUCCCCUCCCCUUGAGGAAAUACCACCUUUAUAUUUUCUUUUCAAUAUAAACUGUUGGUUUUUAAUAUAA